CCAUAAAAGCAGCCAGAGGGAUCACAUCAGUCAGAGUUUAGCUGACUGAACGAUCUUGAAUCAACUUGGAAGAUGAAUUGUGCCGUUUUAUUGUUUGUUUUACUGUCCAGCAGCUUGAUUUUGGCCCAGGAUGAUGGUAACGCCAUCACAGAAAAACCUGAUGAAACACGAACAUGUCAACCUGACAUGUGUGAUCUCCUGAUGGCAUUCGGUGCCAUGAAAGAAAAGAUUGCAGUUAUGGAAACCAGGCUGGAGGACAGCGAAACCAGGCUGAGAAACAGCGAAACCAGGCUGAAGGACAGCGAAACCAGGCUGAAGGACAGUGAAAGCAGGCUGAAUAGCAGUGAAACCAGGCUGAAGGACAGCGAAACCAGGCUGAAGAACAGUGAAACCAGGCUGAAGAACAGUGAAACCAGGCUGAAGGACAGCGAAACCAGGCUGAAGAACAGUGAAACCAGGCUGAAGAACAGUGAAACCAGGCUGAAGGACAGUGAAAGCAGGCUGAAUAGCAGUGGAACCAGGCUGAAGGACAGUGAAAGCAGGCUGAGGAACAGUGAAAACCAGCUUCUAGAAGUGAGGAACAAAGAAAGAACCAAGGUGAUAUUCAGUGCAGCAACAGGAGAAGGAGGUCAAGACAUUGGACCGUUCAACACAGACAAAACUUUAAUCUACAGAAGAGUGAUAACAAACAUCGGUUAUGCCUACAGUCCACACACAGGUAUCUUUGUUGCCCCUGUUGCAGGUGUCUAUUACUUUACCAUCUUUUACCAUGCUGGAGGACAUGAACAGGCAAAGUUGAGGCUCUACAAGAACAGCCAACUCAUGAUUAUGACCCAUGAUCACCAAACAGAAGCUGACAGAGCUGAUAAUGGAGGAAACGCAGCAUUCCUGCAGCUGCAGCCAGGAGACCAGGUGUAUGUGGUCUUGGCUGCAAACUCACAUGUUUGGGGAACCAACUACCACACAACCUUCAGUGGAUUCUUGGUCACUCAAAUGUGAAAACUGAUGUAUAUCUCUGUAUCUAUGUAUAUCUCUGUAUCGCUGUUCAUUCCUGCUUGAAGAUCGAUGUAAAGAUCUGAGAUCACUAAAAAAAUACAUCCGAGAUCUGAUGACACAGGAGGCUGUUGCUCAAUCAUAAAAUAAAGAGUCUAAAAGUGUUUUGGGUUUUUUUUUGCCUCAUUUAGUUCUUUAUGCUGAAUUUAUUCUAAAUAAUGAAUUUAUUUGGAAAAAUGAAUUAAAAGAAGAUAUAGCUGGUCCCUGUAUAUUGUCUGGUUGUAUGUUUCUACAGAGAAAAAGAGACACAAAGAUUAAUGCAAACACUCAGGUUGAUGAGGACAGGAGCACUUUAAUUGCUAUGCUUUUAUGGCUGAAUAAUAAAGAUGAGCUUUUUACUUUCAGCACUGGUCAGGAAAAUGAUUUGUAUGAAUUUGGUGAUACUUUAUUUUACUCUUUUCAUAUGUUUCUUUACAUCGCCUUGUGUUUCUGUCAUAUCUUGUCCUUCCUUUUUUUUGUCUUUAAUAAAGAACUUUGAAUUG